AUGCCCAUCUCGCACGACUCCUCGUUUGUGGCAGAUUCUACUGCUACAUCGUCGCCAGCACCCCCGCCUCCCAAACCGACUCGAACUUAUGGACGCCAGCGUCUCGAUAUUCCCAGUUCCUCUUCACGCUAUGAAGUGCUGAAGACGGGACUCAACAACGGUGAAGAAGUUCCUGCAAGCUCGGACGGCGAGCAAGAGCUCGAUCACGUUGUGAAGGAUGCAGCGACAGGAAGCUUCCGGUUUGCUUUUCAAGACGAGCUUGCAGCCUUGGACGCGGAUUCUGAUGGGGACGGAGAAGAAGAAAAAACUCUUCUUGGCGUAGAAACUUGCUCGGAAAAUGGAAACAAGUCGCCUGUUUCUACCUGUCCAGCAAAAACACCUACAGGUAUCCUCGAAGAUUCGCUCACGGAUCUCGCCAUUUCUUCCCAGACAGAGUUGCCUCAUAAACUCUCUACAUCAUCUUUACUGCGUGCCAAACCUCGACGGGUUCAUCGUGUCGACUCGGAUUCGGAACCUGAAUCGGAGAGUAUACAAUCCACGUCAUCCCCAGUCAAGCGUGCCCGUCACUCCUCGACGCCGCCUACUUCUGACGAUGAAUUGCCGACAGCUGAUCAAAUACGCAAGGUUCGUGUUACUAAACGCGUCGUCGAGGAGCAAUCUGUGUAUCCUCAGUACUCUAAACACAAGUCUAAGCCAACGGCGGGAGAGAGUAAAAACCGGGUUAAAACUAAGGCUCCGACGAAGAAAGAGCGAAAAGAAACUGCCCUGAACGGCGCGCGCAUCGCUGCAGACCGUGAUACAUCCAUUGCGCAGAAACAAAGCGAGUGGAACGUGUCAAGACUGCUCAAGACGCUUCAGCCUCGACGUGAACCAUCCUCAGACCCCAUCCAGCCGUUCUCGUCCCCACAAGUCAUCCCCGAAGCCAGUACUGCGCCUAUUUCAGCUCCCCCUCCGGCUUACGACGAAGUUAAAUCUAAUGUGCCCGUACCCACAGUCAUGGACUCUGAUGACGAAAUGCCUGAAGUAGGCGACUUGCGGAAAAAGGAAGCUCAGUCUCCUAGAAAAAUUCUAGCAGAGAAGAAGAUGAAAAUUCUAGCAUUGCAAGCUCAACAGUCGAGAGGAGCUCAAGAAAGCGACGAGGACGAUGACCUAGUGAUUGCUGCUCCGGACACACCGCUGAUUCAGAGGACAGUUGGCAUGCAAGGUCCUUCCGGUGCUAAAAAGACACAUUCAAGUCUGGCGGGCAUUUCGCUUGGGUCAGGAAGCAAACAGCGGGAAGCUCAUCAUGCGUCCUCUGACAUCCGCGCCCAAAAAGUUGCUGCCGAGGUAAAGCAGGCUAAAGAACAGGAUUGGCAGCGACAUGGAGGCACGCUCAGAGAAGCCGUAACAGUGCACGCCCCGGCAGCAGAGGUACUGGAUCAGUAUAUCCAACAAGGCCUGGAACACGUAAAUGCUGAAGAAGUGGGAGACGAAGACGAAGAGGAGGAGGAAGAUCCAGAUUAUGUGCCUCUUGAUCGCGGUUCAGCUAGCCCUCCGCCUCCGAAGGCGAGUGAUGACAAUGAUGAGGAAGAUGAAGAACCGGCGGAAGACGAAGACAUUACGAUGGUUGAACACGAUGUCGAUACGGAGACGGAAGAUGUCGACGAUCGAUUCGUUGUCAGACCUCGCGGCCAGCGGGUACUUCGAGUUGUCGAAGACGACGACUCUGAUGCGAAGAACAUGCCGCUUGGAAGAGUUCUCGUCGAAGAUAGCAUGAUCAUAGACGACGAGAACACCCCCGCCGCACAAGCUGACUCCCAUUUUUCUUUUGACGAACAAAGCGAUAAGGAGAACAACGUUGAGCUGAUGUACGAUAUGGAUGACGAUAAGGAAAAUGCCACCGUUUUCCCGCGGAGCGCUCAACGUCCCGCCUUUUCAAGGUCUUUGUUUAGGCAGGAAAGUCGUUCGGACGAUGGCUUGUCGGAAGCUGACAAGGGAGAGUCAGUACCAAGGUUACCCUUGAGUACCCUUGAAGAGGACAAGGGCACUCCUGGCAGACAGUCUUUUACUGACCGCCUACAGAGCACCGGCAGCCCUGAAUAUGAUGACUGUAUGCCACCGCCCUCUUUGCGUCCCGAAUUUGGACCUUCUACGACAGGGGACUUGGGCUUUUCACAGUUCUCUCAGGCUCAGACCGCCACGUCGACACUGCAACCUGGAUUUUCAGAUUUGUAUGCGGACAGCACGCAAAAACAAUCGUUUGGUGGCCCUCAGAGUGAUGACGGUUUUACAGAGCUCUUCGGUGGAAAGGGCGGCUUUGGUCUAUCCAAGAUGCGAAAUACGGACUCGACAGACUUCGGUUUGACCCAAGAUGUCUCUCUUGGACCUGCCUUUCAAGUCAGCGAUAGCGCGAAACUGAAAGAGGCAGAUGCGAUUUUUGAAAAAGAGCAGGAAUAUGUCCUUCAAGAAGCCAUCCAGGUUCCUCAAAAGCAAUCCGACCUCUACGUCAACAGCGACGGAUAUCUCACACAAACAAGGCCUGACACGAGUCCUGAAGUUUAUCGUCCCCUUUCGAGGCUGACACAGAUGCAGACGCAGCCUGAAACACCAGCCAUACCGUACACGCAGCAGUCCCAGCGGCAGGCUCUUGGGACGCUUGAGUAUACUCCAGAUCUUACCCCGAGCCUUCCUUCACCUUCCCGCAAACGCCGCAUUGUGAAGCGAGCAAUUUCCCGGUCUCCUACCUAUGGUGCAAGUCGCUCAGGCUCAUCGAAGCCCCAGGAGCCCAAAUCUAGCAAACAUAAGGUCCCGUUAAAGAAGUCAGAAUUCGUGGAGGCAGAAGCACAGGAGAGCGACGAUGACGAGAUGCGCGGAUUUGGCUUGUUUAAAGGUGUUGGAGACGACGAAGAAGAGGGUCAGGACUUGGAUCGGGAGCUCCCGACGUUGGUGGAUAACACGGCUUUGGACGAAGAAAUCAUCGCUGAGGAGAAGGUUCGGGAGAAGUACCAGGAACAGGCAGAGCAAGAUGACCUUCGCCUGCAAAAAUACCAUCAGGACGCAGUCGAGGGCAAGUACCGUACCAAGAAACGAAGAAAUGGUGUCGAUUUGGACGACAGCGACUCUGAUGACGAUGACGAUGCUGCUGACGAGAGACGUCGACGGCGCAUGAACAAAAAGCAGAGGACAGACAUGGUCGCCCUUGAGUCGAACCCAACAACGGCUGCUUUCGCUGGCGAGUACAAGAAGACCAUUGGUGACGAUGAGGAUACGGUGAUGCUACAUUCUGAGCUCACGGAAGAGCCGGAUACUGCUAAGGCUGAGGAGGCAGUUGGGGAUGAGGACGAGGAUGAUGAGGCGCAAGAGAGCAUUACACGUGCUGAAAUUGUACGUCAGGUGCAAGAACGCGCCCAAUAUGGCGAGUUCGACGACGACGAACCCUUCGACCCGCACAACACUGACUGGCUUGAUGCCGGUUCAGAUGACGAUGAGGGCGUGAAGGUUCGCUCAACAACCGCAAGGCGAACUGCUCAAGGGCCUCGGCGACAUUACGAGGAGUAUGAUGAAGCUUCUGAGCCUCAACAUAAAUCGACUAUUGAGUACAACAACAGGCUGAAGGAUUGGGCAAAGACUGAAAGCAGAUCGGGGCGUUUAGGAAAGAUGAGCCGAUCUGUUGGGAGUGCAGCGAUCACUGGGCAUACCAAGGUCAAGGCUGGUGGCGGGUCUUUACGACAAAAUGCCUCCGGUCAGUCAUCUUCUUCCCGACGAAUGGAAGAGAGACCUCGACCGUUGAAGCCGGUGCCAAGCGUGUUGUCAGGAGUCGACCGUAGCAGUAAAUUUGGAUAG